AUCGGGUUGUCGUUUCGCCGUGUCGUCGUUGUGUGAUGCGACAGUGCACACUGUGCACACCGGGCUCCCACACGACAUGCGCUCGUGUGGUACGGUGUCGGUACGGCGUUGGAGCGUGCGUGCCGUGCGUAUUGUGCGUGCCCGCCUACCCCGCCGUCACCGCUGCCGCCGGUGGCAACGCGACGCUGUGCGUGCGUACGCACAUUCAUUCUCGCGCAUUGUGCGUGCAUGCGAGCGAUACGUGGAUUCCUGUUCGUCCGCUACUGGUGGCAUGAAAAGCGCGGAGCACGCACCGGUCGUGCCCGACUCCGACUGCUCCGACUGCCGUGAUACAACUCGUGACUCUACUCGACUCGCUUUAAUCUCUGCACACGUCUAAACAUAUAUCGCAAGAAGAGAAGCUUGAUAGGUUACUAGAUAUAGAGCGAUAUUUCUAUACUCGUCUCACAAGUGAGCAAAAUAAAACUAGCCCAGAUCUUCAGUAUGGUGUGAAUUGUCAUGACUCUUCUAUUCUUCCCAACAAUGGACACAUAUUUGACGUUGCGCCACAAUGGGCGCUAUCAAACAAUUACAUGCAGUGGGUUGAUCUGCAAGCAUUGGUAGCACAUAAUACUGCGCAAGAUAUAUAUCAUCUGUACCACAAAAAAGAUACCACGGAAUCUACUAAUCCAAACUCAAAAUAUUUUACAAACUUACCGCAAACAAUACAACACAAUGAUAGGAUAGCGAAUUCUAAUGUCCUGAUUAGUACAAUUAAUAAAUUACUAUCCGGACAGGCGGAAAAGCUGCAGAAGGAACAGAAGGUCAGGCUGGAUAAUUGCCAGAAAGAUUUUAGUGAGAUAGCAAAACCCAAUUCGUUGAACACUGAUAAAACGACGGUGCUUACAUAUUCCUUUGCGAAAGAUAAAUCCAAAAUUUUGCCUGGAUCGCAGAAAGAAAUUUAUCACGACGCAGAUAUUAGCUGUUCUAGUUCUGCAGCAAGGCAGUCGAUCAACACACAAAAUAUUACUAAACUGAAGAUUGUAUCGGACAAUAUUGAGCACAGAAAAGAAGCUUGCGAUCCCGAUUGCACCACUCCUGUAACAAAUAAUGAGCCGCUAAAUUUAGUAAUAAACUCGAAAGAAAGUACACGAGGCGAUUAUAUUUACGGUGGGCCAAGAGACCGACUCUACAGUUAUCCGCAUUCGUCAGUUGUUGAGAAAAGAGCAAUUUCGGUGGACAGUACUAUCUUAAAACAAAUUGAUCAUUUCUCCGAUGUACAGAAUUGUUAUAAUACAAAGUACAAGAAUAUAGAUUACGGUUUAUUGAAGCUUUCCGAUUUAGACGAGUUGUCAUGUAAUUCGGACAGGAGCAAAGAAUUGUUGGAGACGAUCGGUAAAUUGCACACCGGUAAUAGCGAAAUAAAUGCGAGGAUCGUAACGAACGGCGAUCUGAAGCAAGAGAAGGCGCAUAUUCUGGACAAGUACGUUACUCACGUGCUACCGCUACGCUUAGGUGACGAUAAACCGAAAGAAUUAUCUUGGACAUAUCUGCAGUCGAAUGUCAAAUGUAAUAAUAUCAAGAAAGAGUGCUGCACCGAGGAAGAGGCGCACAAGUCGGAAAACAGCGAUCUGAUUACCGCCUGCAAUCCAACAUUAGGGAAUUGGGUGUGCUUCGAAAUGUCAGGGCAGUAUCCGGGUCAUAGCCGACCACCGGUUGGCACACCUCCACCGCAGAAUGUCUGGAAUCAUCUGACGAUGACGCAGAAUCAAGCUCUCAAUAUUCAUCCAACAGCAUUGUCCGGCGCCGCGCUCAGUCCAGCCGGAUUCUACACGCAUCCAUCCAUGGCGCGAGCAUCCCAUCUGCCGUCUCAACUCACUCCGCAACUCGCGCACACGCAAGCACCACCGACAUGGCACACGCCCACAGUCCCUUCGAAAAGCGUGACACCGUCGAACACAUCGGGCGGUCCGCUGUUCAGCUUGCAGAUGCUCGUGGAUAAUCGACAGAGUCAAAAUCAGUACAGAAACUCGCCCGGUUCGCAGAGCACGCUUGAUCUCUCGUCUACAUCGGAGAUUAUUCCGGAGAAUUACUCUCGAAUAUCUCAGGAUAUUCCCAUCAGUUUGACGGCGAGAAACGUGGACAAGGGCAGUCGAAACGGGAACAUAAUCUCACCGCCGAUACCGCUGAAUGGGGAAACUUCGUCGGACAGCGGUAUCAGCUCGUCCGUACCGACGCCAAAUUCCGUCAGCGAACCAGUUUCGCUAUCAACGAAGGAGAUCAUCACUCCUAAGAUAUCAGUGAAAAAUUUCGAAAGCAAUCUGAAAGGAGUUGCAAAUCUACACGAUAAGAUUAAGGAGAUGAACGUGGAGAAUUUUACGCAGAAAGUGAUAAAUUUGCCGCCUAGUGUGACAAUAGAGAGGGUGGUUGCGGACAAGAAAGAGUCCGAAGUUCCUGCGAAGGCUAAAGAUACAUUGAGUGUUAUCGCGCAAGUGCCAAGGAACGUCUUACCCGUUAUAGUCAAUCUCACGUCCAAAACAGAGAAGGACGUCACGGAUAGCCCGAAGAGAGAAUCCUCCUCCGAGCGGGACAGGAAGCACGAAGAGACGAGCGUGAGAUCGCCCAAAAACUUGCCGAAAAGAGGCAAGAAAGGCGUCGAUUCCCUGUUGGAGAAAUUGGAGGGUGGGAACAAGAAGCUCGGGAGCACCGAGAAUAUCGGUUCGGUGAUUGUAAUGCCUGUGGAGGAGAAGGACACGUCCAGCGUGAAAAGUAUGUCGCCGGAGAGGCAGAAAUCCAAAUCGCCGACACGGGAGGACGAGGUUGUGUCGCCGGCGUUCAGCAACGACGAUUCUAACGACAACACCAAGCAGCGCAGGAAAAGAAAACUGGAGAAGCCCGUGAGGCUGAGCAAGGACUCGAAGACGGAAGUCGAGGACAUGGAACUCGAGCCCACGGAACCUUCAGAACCGAGAAUUAUCGAACGAGUGUCGGAGGAGGCGGCUAUCUCCACGCCGGCAGCCGGCGAUGUUAAGGCGGACGAGCAGAUCGUUGGCGGCGGGCAGGAGAGAAUAUCGGAUAAAACGACGAUGGCGGACGAGAACGCAAAGGAGAGAUCGGAGGAGAAUCAACCGAUUCGGAGGCGGAGGAGUAGCGAGGGUAGUAACUCGUUGACGACGAAUCAGAGGAUACGGAGAAAAUCCAGCGACGAUGCAUCGUCCGAGUUAUCGAAGGCAACAAGUCCAAAGAACACGAAUAAUGCGACGAUGUCGACGAUAACAACGACGAUGAUGACGACGGCGACGACGACGACGGCGACGACGACGACGACGGCGACGACGAAUCCCUUCGUCGAGGUCGAGUCUGAGUUAGCGAAGAUGUUCGCCGGAAUCGUGGAGGCGGACUCGGAUGUCAAAAAUGAAGAAUCAAAAGCGAAACUCGCGAGCGCGGAUAUUCAGGGCGACAGCUCUGUCGCGAAACUUGAAGGUCUCGAGAAUAGUAUUCUACCGACGAUGAUGGAUUCCCAAAGCAUGCAGAACAAUCCCAUCGACGUUUCCUCUACGGUGGACACGAAGCUGUCAGGGAAGAAAGGUAAGAAGGGCAAGAUGCAGAGCGGCAAGAGGAAAUUGUCCAGAUCGUCGGACAAUAUUUUCGGCACGACGGGCGACUCCCCGUCGAAAGAGGCGAAGAAAAGGCGCACGUCCAAGGGCUCGAAGAAGCAGGACCAGGCUUUGAAGAAGGCGAAGAAGAAUACCAAAAUCGACGGCCUGAGAGAAAUGGCGUACGAUUCCGGCUCGAAUGCGAGUUCGAUCAGAUCGCGGGGUCCGGUAGUCCACGUGGAGGGACCGAGGGACAGUCCGUUGAGUAUCCAAGUUGUCAAUGCACCGCGGGAGGAGGAGGAAGAGAAAAGCAAGGAGAAACGGAAAAGCGUCGGUAAUGGGAACGCAGGCCGAAGUAAGAGGCUCAGUCACCAAAACGAUUUAGAUUACAGAGGUAAAGUCAGUAGAGCAGGUCUCUUCAGUUCAACUCUGUCGUCGCGGUACGAUGCGCACACCACGGAUUCGACUUGGGUUUGUGUAUUUUGCAAACAAGGCCCUCAUUCCGUUAUUCCCGGCGAUCCGUCCAGACCGCAUCCGAAUCUGGCCGGACCACACAUCGCAACUGGAACGUACACGGUUCCAGCCGGUGUGUUGAGCGACUUAUUUGGACCAUAUUUAAUCGGCAAGGAGCGAUUGGAGGACGGAAUUUUAUCGGCUGAUGAGCAAGAAAUUACGACGGAACAGAAGAAAGGUGGCAAAAAUAAGAGAAGUCUGAGGUACGCCGGACUGGCGGAUCAGUUCUCCGCGAAGAUGGGCAAGAAAAAGCGAAACUCCGUUGAAAGUAAUACAAAUGCCAUUUUUACGGGUAUGACUCUGCAUCCCGGUGGGGAGGAGCAACGAUGGGAAGUAUGGCUUCACGAGCAAUGCGCGGUAUGGGCGGCCGGAGUUUACAUGGCAGGUGGCAGAGUAACGGGACUGCAAGAAGCAGUAUGGGACGCCGCCAAGUCGGUAUGCGACUCCUGCGGCUUGACAGGCGCGAACAUAGGUUGCGUGAAACGAGGUUGCAAGGCUGUUACGCAUUAUCCGUGCGCACUGACGAAAGGUUGGUACCUCGACACAAAUCAUUACAUACCCAAGUGUAACCUUCAUCGAGUUACGUGAAACUCCGGUGAGUCUGUGAGCAUAGAUUAAUAUGGAGAGAUAGCUCGUAUUCACAUUAUAUCACACUGAGAUCCGGCUUUAAUUAGAUGCACCGAAUAAUGGGCAAUAAUGUCUGACUAAGUAUAUAAAUCUGUUUUUAACUGAAGAUAGCCUUACUAGUUAGUAAGGUAUGUUCUAGUUAACGAGGCGUAAGAACAAGACAUCCUCAUAAGCGACAUAAUUAUUCGAUAUACGGUGGAACAAAUUUACGUUGCCAGCACGACAUAAUAAUAGUCGGGGAAAAAACUAAUGUAACUAUAAAUCGAUAAAAUCUUAAUGCUGAAGUGAUGCUCUAUCUCUAUUUUAAUAGACAUAAACUGAUCUUGUUUGUUUGACACGUUGUUUGGCAUAAGAAGAGAAUAUGAGAUGUUUUGAAAUUAUGCUUUGUACCAUUUGACACGUAAGUGUAUCUGGAGCGUGAAAGUAUAAAUGUGAAAACAAUUAUACUAAUUUCCAGACAUUAAGUGUAGAAUCAAUAUGCUCGAGAAUAAUACCUUCCAAUGUACAAUGAUGUUUAAACGAGAACGCUGUUAACUGUCUCUGUGAAUUAACAAAAAAAAAAAGAAAAAAAAUUGAAAAU